AUGAGUAGUAUAUUCAUUGUGGAAUUUAUGACUAUAAGGGGGAUUUUGUCUUUUACUUUACUGAUGUUUCUGGAUGUGCAAGAUAGGGUGAAUGGUGCUCCUGUCUCUUGGGAUGAUAUCAAGGAUUUUUCUGAGUGUGUGGGUAAAUGUCAACUGUUUGAACUCAAAAGUAGUGGGCAUUUAUAUUCUUGGCACAAAGGGGGUGAUGUCAAUAAAACAGCUAGUAGAAUAGAUAGAUGCUUUGGUAAUGGGGAUUUGAUGAGUGAAAGAGGUUCAGUUUUCUCAGAAUAUUUAAACCCUUCUUUGUCAGAUCAUAGCCCUAUUAUUAUCAAGUGUAUUUCAGAAGUUAAGGGGGUGGAAUACCAUUUAGGUUUCUUCAAUUAUUUAGUUGAUCACCUAGAGUUUCUUUCAUUGGUGGAGCGUAGUUGGAAGGAUCCUGUUGAAGGGUCUGUGAUGUUUUCAGUCUGGGAGAAAUUAAAAAGGAUUCAGCACUCAGAUGAUUCACUUUUGAGGGAGGAGCAUAAUUGUACUACAGUUCAGAGGAAAUGGCUCAAUAUUGAGGAAAUAGCCUUGAGGCAGAAGUCAAGGUUGCAGUGGUUGAACGCAGGGGAUUCAAACAAUAAGUUCUUCUUUGAUACAGUUAAGGAAAGGCAUAGGGUUAAUAGGAUCUCUAAGCUCACUGAUGACAACAACAAUAAGUUAGUGAAACCUGAUGAAAUACAAGCAGAGUUUCUUAAGUUUUAUGGAGCUCUUCUUGGUACUAGUGUUGUUGUGUUGCCAAUAAUUGAUCCUACUAUGAGAGCAAGGGCUACCUUGAUUUAUUCUGACAUAUCUUAUUUGUGUCAACCUGUGACUGAUGUUGAGAUUGACCUUGCUAUGCAGGGUAUUGAUGGGGAUAAAGCACCAGGAAUUGAUGGCUUCAAUGCUAUAUUCUUCAAAAAAACCUGGAAGGUGAUUAAAAUUGAUGUAUAUGCUAUUGUAAAGGAUUUCUUUGCUCAUAAGGCAAUGCUGGCUCAGGUGAACAGCACCACCAUUACUCUGGUGCCUAAAGUCCCUAACCCUUAUAAGGUUAAAAAGGUAGUAGGGUCUAUUGUUAGUGAUUGUCAGGCUGGGUUUAUUCCAGGUAGGCAUAUUUCUGUUAAUAUCCUGCUUGCUACUGAAUUGGUCAAGGGUUACAAUAGGAAGCAUAUUUCUCCUAGAUGUAUGAUCAAGUAUGCCUAUGACUCAAUUGAGUGGAUCUUUUUAAUGGAUGUUAUGAGAGAUCUGGGGUUUCCUGCUUUGUUUACUGAUUGGAUUUUGGCAUGCAUUUCUUCUGUCUCUUACAUUAUUCUUAUAAAUGGUAAACCUUGA